GUGGUUUCGGUACACAGGAUUAUGGGACAGAACCGAAACACCUGCCAGCGGUCUCGGUCAGACCAAACUGCCGGCACGUCACGCCCAUCACAAAUCGGCUCCAGCUCAGGGCUUCCGACCCUUGUUUCCUACUUUGUUAUUCAUCCAUAAUCGCUCCACACAAGACAUCAUCAACAUUUUCCUCAAGCCAUGGAGUCCAGCCCCGUCAAGAUCAUCAGCGGCGCGGCCACCGGCGCCGCGCACAAGCUCGCGCCGGCCGGCACCGGCACCGGCGCGGCCGCCGGCACUAGCGGCGGCAAGACCGCGGCGCCGCCCAGCUGCGGCCACCCGGCCAAGCACAUGGACGCCUGCAUUGAGGCCUGUCGCAACUGCGAGCGCGUCUGCCUGGAUACCAUCCCGCACUGCCUGGGCAAGGGCGGCCACCACGCCCGGGCUGACCACAUCAUGCUGCUCAUGAACUGUGCGGCCAUAUGCGCCACCUCCGCUCGCUUCAUGAUUUCCGGCAGCCACCUGCACGUGUACACCUGCGCCGCAUGCAAGGAGGUGUGUGCGGCGUGUGCGGACGACUGCGCGGGCAUGCUGGCGGGCGGCGAGGGCGCGGACGACCCCAUGGUUCGGUGCGUGGCCGCGUGCCGCGACUGCGCCACCUCGUGCGCCGACAUGGCCUGCGCCCGCGCCUGAGUCAUGAGACGGAGGAGGAGCCGAGGAGCAGGGCCGCAUGAGGGGGGGCGGAGCAGCGGAGCGGAGGGGGCUGAUGCCGAGGUAGGGCGCUGGGGCGACGGCGGGAGGCGGUUGAUUGUUCGUGUUGAUGCAAAGGCAAAGGGCGUUCAUGCUGUUGAUAUUGUGUUGGGUUCUAGAUUGCUUGCAGCAUACAAGUGCUUAUGCAACCUUGGCGCGUGUAUGUGCUGCCAAGCAUACCGGCAAUACGGUAUGUAGUGCCAGGCACGCAGUUGCGGGGUCCUAUGAAUCGGGAGGCUUCAACGUCGCCCUGGCUGUGGCCAGGGGAGCGCGUGCACGCAAACUGGUACAUACAUCACGUCAAAAUGUAAAGUCUAUGCAUU